AUGAGUUCAGGACCUGAUACUGCUAGUGAUUCUGGAGGAUCCUCCAAAGUUAAUAAGAGGUUUACUAUGAUGAAUGGUAGCUCAAAAAAUGUUUUAAAGGCUCCUGGAAAGCUUGCUGGAGGCUUGACUAAAGGUGCCUCAGAUUUGAAUAAAGGUAUUAUGAAAGGUGCCACCGACCUUAAUAAGGGCAUUGUGAAAGGUGCCUCAGACAUUCACAACAUUAACAAAGGUUUAGCAAAAGGAGCCCUAGAUAUUGGCAAGAAUGCCAUCGAAGUAGGAAAAGGCGUCAAUGAUGUAGCAAAGCUCGUUACAGGAGCUGCUGGAAAUUUACUCCUGAAAUCAGAAGAAGAAGAAAAGCUAAAGUCAGUGGAAAAGCCAAAAGUUAUCGAAAAGCCAAAACCAAAGCCAUCUCAUCGUAAGUUGAACACCGACCUUGCUACUUUUGAUUGGGAGAGCGUUGGUUAUUUUCAGACCGGCAUUGAUAAGGGCGGUGAUGGUGAAGCAAUGUUGGCUAAAUCCGAAGCGAUGAAAACUUAUCUUAGUGAUGCUUACUACAGCGAUUUAUAUGUGAACACUAUUUUGGUUACCGGUACUUGUUUCUUUUCUUGGUUAAUUGCCAGAGUUGGCGGCAGCUUCUUGUGGCUUGGUUUGGUAUUUCUUGGUGCUACUUCAGUCUACAGAGCUGAGUUCAGAAGAUUCACUAGAGAUACCCGUGAUGAUAUGUUGAGACUUUCUAUUUCUGACCGUUUGGAAAAUGAAACAGAAACUUUAGAAUGGUGUAAUAAUUUGUUAUCAAAAGUUUGGUCAAUUUACAUGCCUUUAAUGGGGGAUAUUGUGAAGACUAACGUGAAUCCAAUUUUGGCCGGGGUGGCUCCAGGUGGUGGUAUUGAUUCUAUUGAACUUACCCACUUCCACUUGGGCUCAGUGGCUCCAAAAAUUACUGGUAUUAAAUCAUAUACCAAAAUUACCAAUGAUGCUUAUGAAAUGGACUGGGCUUUUGCAUUUGAUCCCAACAACAGAGAAAACAUGACCAAGGCGGAAAUUAGAAAGCAAAUCAUGCCAAAGGUUGUGAUCAAGGCUGCUCUUGGUAAAGGUAUCAUUUCCAAGAAAUUCCCAAUCAACGUUGAAGAUAUGGGAUUUGUUGGUAGAAUGAAAAUCAGAUUGACUUUUACUGAUAAGUUCCCAAUGAUUGAGCUUAUUAGAGUACAAUUCUUGGAGCCUCCAAAGAUUGACUACGCCUUGAAACCAAUUGGUGGUGAUACUUUUGGUAUUGAUAUUAUGAAGUUUAUUCCUGGUUUGAAGUCUAUUAUUAAUGAAGGUAUUAACUGGGGUAUCAAGAGUUUCCUUAUCGCUCCAAAUUACCAGGAAGUUAACCUUGUUGAUAUUAUGAGUGCUGCAUCUACCGAUAUCAAUUCUGUUCUUGCCGUUGAAUUAAAGGAUAUUACUCUUUCUAAUGCUGGUGAUUAUUAUGCUGUCCUUUGUACUGAAAAUUCUGCAGAAGACAAGAAGAUUAGAACUGACACCAAACCUGGUACUAAAAACCCUGUUUGGAAUAAAACUUAUUAUGUGUUGAAUAAUUCCAUUGAACAGAAUUUGCUUAUUAAUGUUUAUAAGUCUGGUGGAUUUGGUAAGGACAAAUUAGUGGGUACCGCAGAAUUUGAUUUAACCUCAUGCUACCAAAAGGAUAAAUUUACCGGAUUGAAUGUGAAAUUGAAAUCUAGCGGCAAACAUGUGGGUUUUGCCAACUUUGAUUUGUUCUAUUUCCCAGAACUUGAAGCUCCUACUUUGGAUGACGGCGCCAAGGGUCCGGUUCCAGAGUCCGAAGUUGGUAUUUUGAAAUUUGUGUUGAAUGAAGCUAAGGACUUGGAUGUGUCUUCUUCUUUGGUUGGUCAAGUCUCACCGUAUGCAGAAAUUUACUUUGACGGUAAAUUGAAGCAUAAGACUAGAGUUUUGAAAAGAUCCAAUGAACCAUCGUUUGGUGACGUUAUCGAAACUUUGGUCAGCUCGAAGUCUGAAACUAACAUCAAGAUUGUUAUCAAGGACUCAGUGGGCUUCAGUGAAGACACAAUGUUGGGUGAAUACGAGGGCGUUCUUGGUGACAUUCUUAGUCAAGUUGAAAGUACCGGUAACUCUUUGUUUAAGUUGAGUGCUAAAGGUGUUAUUAAGAUCACUCCUACUUGGAGACCUUUGGCCAUGGCUAAAAUUGCUAGCGAAGUAUCACACAAAGAUCCAUUGGGUGUUUUCAGAAUUCAUGUUCGUGAUGCAUCUGAAUUACACGGACUGGUUGACCCAUAUGUUUCAAUUUCUUUGAACGAUAAAGUGAGAUUUCAAACAAUUGUCCAUCCAGAGAAUUCAAGUCCAAUUUUUGAAGAAGUUUGUUACAUUCCAGUGACUUCCGAAAAUCAAUAUGUUACUUUGGAUGUUUUUGAUGCUGAAAAGAAUGGACGUGAUAAAAUAUUGGGGGACACCUCAUUCAAGGCUGACAAGCUUUUGAAGAAGAGCCCAAGUGGUGAAUAUUACUAUGUUGACGGAAGCGAAAAAAUAGUUAAAGCUCCAUUGUUUAAACCAAAAUCCAAAACUUCUAAGGGCUUUUUGUCAUACUCUAUAAGUUUUAUCCCAACAACCGCUGUGUAUUCACCAAAGGAACUCUUAGACUUGAAAAAAGAAGAUGAAAAGAUCCAAGAGAAAAUGGAGAAAGAAAAAGAAGAACAAGAAAAAUUGCAACUUGAGUUCAAAAAGAAACCAAAAGAUUAUGAAUGGGUGGAAGUUGAUAGUCCUUAUGGUAACAGAGAUCCUCACAAAAAACAAAUUCCGCUUUCCGAAUUAAUCACUCAUAACAGUGGUGUGUUGAGUGUUGACAUCAUCAAGGGUUCUUUGGAUCAUAAGAAGGCCUUUUUACACGUUUUGGUGGAUGAAGUUGGUUACCCAGGACUAGUUGCUGGUCCUGCUAAUGCAGGAUUAGUGUCCUCCAGUUACUCAACAAUUUUCAUUAGAGAUUUAAAGAAUUCUGUCUUUGUGGUUAGAGAAGCAUCCAAGGAAGAGGCAGAAGCCCCAGAAGAUGUUUACUACGAACAUUGUUACUCUACUUUAGAAAUUUUGAAGAAGGCUUACAAUGAGCCAACGACCCUUAAAAUUGGCAACGGCAAUUCUCAAAGCACCGUCACUUUGCAAGUAUCUUACUCGCCAUCUAAAGUUGAACUACACCCUAGUGAACUUAUGAUUGAUACUGGUAAACUUACUCUCGAUAUUCUUAACGGUGAAGACUUGCUCGCUGCUGACAGUAAUGGGAAGUCAGACCCAUACGCUGUCAUCAAGCUUAAUGGGGCCAAGGUUUUCCAAACAGAAAUUCAAAAGAAGACUUUGCAUCCAACAUUCAAUGAAUCUGCAUCUUUCCCAAUACCGUCAUUAAAGAGAACGAGAUUAGUUGUUCAAAUGUUUGACUGGGACUUGGCAGGUGAUGACGACUACUUGGGUGAUGCGUUGAUUGAUUUGUCACAAGUGAAACCAGGUCAUCAGACUAGUGUUUCCACUCCUUUGGUGUUGGAAGGAAAACCAGCAGGAAAGAUCAAUUUUAGAGUUGGGUUUGAACCUCAAUAUAUUAGACCAAAAAUUGAAAAAUUCGGCGGUGGUCUUCCUGGUAUUGGAGCAGUUAGCAAGGUUCCAGUAAAGCUUGUUGGCGGUGUUGCUAAAGGUGCUGUUGGUGGUGUUGGAUUAAUUGCUGGUGGAGUUGGUAAAGGCGGAGGAAAAAUUUUGGGAGCCUUGGGUGGUAAAAAAAGCAAAAGGUAUUCUUUACACUUUGGGCACGGUAAUUCUGAUACCCAAUCCACAAUCAAUGGUAAUGAGUCUACCUAUGAUGCGGAAAGCUCAUUUGUGUCAACCCCAACUAACGGCGCAGCAAGCAUUAUUGGCGGCGCUAACGAAAGCCAACUCUCAAGUACCAUGACUUCCAGCACUGCGAUUUUCGGGGGUAAGAGAUCUACUGGCAGAAUAACUAUCAAAGAAUUACACGGGCUUGAUGAUACUCACCAACAUUUAUCAUUGAGGGUGUUAUUGAAAAAUAAUGAUUUGGGAACCAAAGAGAUUUUGAAGACCAGGAGAAGCAAGGUUCAUGAAGCAACUUACAAAUUUUCAGAAGAAGCUACAUUCAAGGCUAUCCCUGAAGAUGGAUUAGUUUUUGAAGCAUUGGUUCCUCACAGAUUAGGAAAGGAUAAAAAGAUUGCCGAAGGUAGUAUUGCAAUUAAUAGUGUUGUUGAUAAUUCUGACGAUUUGACUGUUGAACUUGGUAACCUUGGUAAUGCUGUAAUUAAUGUCAGAUACUCUGCUCCAUCGGCAUGA